GUAACCAAAGUUCUAGACGCCCAUGGCAUCGCAUGCACACUGGACCUAGUUCACGGAUCCAUGUCCGUCCGGACAACACAUAAAACAUUCGAUCCAUACAUCAUCCUCAAAGCAAGAGACCUCAUCAAACUACUCGCAAGAGGGGUUGCGAUCACGCAGGCUCAGAAGGUAUUACAGGACGACGUGGCUUGCGAUAUCAUCAAAAUUGGGAAUCUGGUGCGUAAUAAGGACCGGUUUGUGAAGCGGAGACAGCGGAUUAUUGGACCGGAUGGUAGUACACUGAAGGCUAUUGAGCUAUUGACUCAGUGCUAUAUUCUCGUACAGGGAAUACCGUCGUGCAUGGUCCCACGAAUAGUCCUUGAUUGCAUGAAAAACAUUCAUUCCAUCUACCGCAUCAAGGAACAUCUGAAGACCUCCGAAAAGACGAUGAAGAAGAACGGGAAAGUCGCUGCCAAGGAAGAAGCGCGCAAGGCUUCAGGCCUUGAUGCAUCGAGUUUCGACAAAAAGGAGAAACCAGCGAAGAAAGUGUACACGCCCUUUCCCCCGCCACAGCAACCACGGAAGCUCGAGUCGGGAGAGUAUUUCCUCAAGCCCCAUGAACGGGAGGCCUGGGAAGUUCAACAAAGAAAACAAAAGCAAGCCGAAGCAGCCCUCAAACGACGAGCAGAACGGGCAGAAGUAUGCGUCGCUCCCACAGAAGAGGCGGCCCCUACAGUUGAAGAAAAACGAAAGCGACGGCACACAGAAAUGGAUGCCAAGGAUGGGACGGCAAGGUCGAAAAAGAAGAGAAAGGACAUUGCUGCAUAGGCGCAAUGGACUUGUCACACCGUUCGUGUGCACAUCGUGAACGCAAUGCUACUUGUAGAGUAUUUUGAUGCACGCUGCGUAUUGAGGACAUCCUACUGCCAACACUAUGUUUGACCCAUGAUGCAUUACUAGCGUUACGCCAAAAUACGAUAAAAACCCACUAAGUACACGCACUGAAUCGAUUCAACAAGUGUCGAACAAAAAGCACGAUCAAGUAGGAAUAUUCCCCUGUGGCCUAAAGUCCCUACUGCUCGCACCGAUAGAGAACGAGAUCUGGCCAUCAGGCUCGCACCACCCCUGAGCGACGACGUCCCAGAUAGACAGGUCAUAGCGCGAGAGCGUGAUCGAGGCUUGUUCUGUGCUGGACGGCGAGAUUUCGACGUUUGUGAAACCCUUU